AUGGACAUGUUCUUCUCGACUUGCUCGCAGCACUCUGUAGCAGCGGGCUCCUCGCUAAUAGACUCAUCAAUCGCUGAUAACAGUGGCACGCCAAACGCGCAGCUACUGGAGACAGCGGUCAUGUGCCUCGAUUUAGGCGUAUCGCAUGCACCGUCUGCCGACGAAGGAAGCUGGGGUGUGAUAAGAAAUGUCCGCGCUGCGGAACGUGGUAGCCAGUAUAUCGUUUCGACAGUUGAUUUCCCGACUAGACGAGAAUACGAUCACCUGUCCAAAGGUAUUGCACCGGGUGGACUGGUAGACCUAUGGACCACCGUUGCUGUAGUAACGAUGAACGUGACGAACUCAGGCCACCGGGCAGGCUUCGCUGUGCCGCAGCUGUACGUAUCGCUUCCUCAGGCCACUACUCCUGCAGGCACAUCAGCGAAAGUUUUAAGGGGGUUUGAAAAAGUAUUCCUCGAGGUGAACGAAGUGCGGGAGGUAAGGUUUGAACUCAUGAGGAGAGACUUGAGUUACUAG